GUGCGGCGGGAGCCCCCGGGCCGCCUCUUCCCCUCGCGGCCCGGCGGAGCGGGCGGGGGGCGGGCGCUGCCUGCGCCGCCGCCACCGCCGAGCUCCACAGGCCGCCGCCGCAGCGCCAACCCCCGGGAUCGCGGCCGGCAGCAGGUGGGAGGCGGCGGCGGCUGGUCAGGCUCAGCCGGGCUCCCCGCGCGGCCGGGUUGGAGCGCCGAGCCCGGCUCCGACAUGUCCGGCAAGAUCGAGAAAGCAGAUUCUGAGCGUUCCCAUCUCUCCUCGUUCACUAUGAAGCUGAAGGGCAAGUUUCAUUCACCAAAAAUAAAGAGAACCCCUUCAAAGAAAGGCAAGCAAGUUGACGUGACAGUGAAAACACCAGAGAAGACGGCGAACAAAAAUGUAUCGUGGCUAGAGGAGAAGGAGAAGGAGGUCGUCAGUGCGUUGCGCUACUUUAAGACUAUUGUGGACAAAAUGGCAAUUGAUGAGAAAGUAUUAGAGAUGCUGCCAGGCUCAGCCAGCAAGGUGCUGGAAGCCAUCCUGCCCUUGGUGCAAACCGACCCACGCAUCCAGCAAAGUUCUGCCAUCUCGUCCUGCUAUAGCCGUGUGUACCAGAGUCUGGCCAAUCUCAUCCGCUGGUCGGAUCAAGUGAUGCUGGAAGGUGUGAACUCAGAAGACAAGGAGAUGGUGACAACAGUGAAGGGCGUCAUAAAAGCUGUUCUGGAUGGAGUCAAGGAGCUGGUCAGACUCACAAUUGAAAAGCAGGAGCAUCCCUCUCCCACAAGCCCAGUUAAACCCAGUUUACCAGCAUGUAAAUCUGACAGCCCUUCGGAACUUCCCCUUACAGACCGAGAAAUGGAAAUCCUCAACAAAACAACUAACAUGACUCAAUCCAACGAGCUACUGACUGACUCCAUGGAUGAAGAAGUUGCGCCUCCUAAGCCCCCUCUGCCCAGCAUUCGUGUGGCAGAAAACAGCCCUCCACCAGCACUGCCCCCCAAAAAACGGCAAUCGGCACCUUCCCCGACCAGAGUGGCCGUUGUGGCCCCCAUGAGCCGAGCCACCAGCGGCUCCAGUUUACCUGUUGGCAUCAACAGACAGGAUUUCGAUGUCGACUGCUAUGCCCAGAGACGGCUGUCGGGUGGAAGCCACUCCUACGGGGGGGAAUCUCCUCGCCUCUCGCCCUGCAGCAGCAUCGGCAAACUCAGCAAGUCUGACGAGCAGCUCUCGUCUCUGGACCGCGACAGCGGGCAGUGCUCCCGCAACACAAGCUGUGAAACCCUGGAUCAAUCAGAUCACUAUGACCCGGACUAUGAGUUCCUGCAGCAAGACCUCUCCAACGCUGACCAGAUACCUCAGCAGGUGCCCGGUAUCCUCAGCCCGUUGCCAGAGUCCUUGGGUGAGUCUGGCUCCCCUUUCCACGGACACGCUUUCCAGCUCCCGCAGGGCAGCUCUCCUCCGCUGGAAUUCUGCAGCCUCUCGGGAGCGGCGCCACCAACAGAGACUCCUCCAGCUUUACCAGAGAAGAAGAGGAGGAGCGCAGCCUCUCAGACCUCGGAGAACUCGGGCUGCAGGGUGUCCUACGAGAGGCACCCUUCCCAAUACGACAACAUCUCGGAGGAUGACCUGCAGAACGCAGCGUCUGUCCCCUCAGUACCUUUCACGCCGUUUGCUGCUGUUUUGCCAUUCCAGCAAGGAAACUCUUCAGCACCGGUCGAAUUCAUUGCUGACUUUGCUGCUCCAGAUUCUAACAGUGACCCAGAGAAGCCACCACCUCUGCCAGAGAAGAAGAACAAACACAUGAUGGCAUACAUGCAGUUUGUGGAAGACUACUCAGAGCCGCAGCCGUCCAUGUUCUACCAGACCCCUCAGAACGAGCACAUCUACCAGCAGAAGAACAAGCUCCUCAUGGAAGUCUAUGGGUUCAACGACUCCUUUAUCAGCUUAGACCCUUCUCAAGAUCUGGCACCUCCUCCUGCUCUCCCACCGAAGCAGCGGCAGCUGCAGGCCUCCUAUGCUGCCUCUUCUUUCUCUCCUGUCUCCUACUGUGUCCAGCAAACUAAAGUGCCCUUCACCCCCGAGGACAGCGGUGCCGCUCAGGGCCUCACUAUGUCAGUCUCUAACUCCUUUCUCAACCGGCACAGCUCCUUUCCUGUGCACUCGUACAAAUCCGUGUUUAGGUCCUACUCCCAGGACUUUGUGCCUCACAACCAAGUCUCCGUACCUCCUUUCCUCUCUUCUGCCUCCUCCUCCUGCACCACCCCACCUUUUCCGCCCGUCCAUCCAUCCCAGAGCCCCGACCUGGCGGUGCCCGCCGCAGCCAGCCAGUCACCCAGCACUGCGGACGUGCCAAACUCCUCUUCUCAGGAGAGCAGCUUUAACGGGAAUGCUCCUGUCUGCCUUCCUUCUGAAACCUCUCUCACUGAUUCUCUCCAGACACCUUCGAGUGAAAACGCCAGUGAGGAGGCUGGUGAGGGUGAAUACGUCAAUCUGUAUUCCUCUGGCCAGAGCAACGGGGAACUCCCUCGCUCUGAAGGAGAAUCUCCCUCCGUCAAAGACGGCCACUCGAAAGACUCCACUUCAAGCAGCAGCACGGUGGGGAAGGAAGGCCAGGACGGUGCUGAAAGGCAGCAGCAGUCACCAGAUCCUUUGGAAUCAUCGCAGUUGGAGGAAGAGGUAGAUGAGCUAUCCCUUAUUGACCACAGUGAAAUUAUGGCAAGGUUAACACUGAAGCAAGAGGGAGAUGAUGGGCCAGAUGUUCGUGGUGGAUCCGGAGAUAUUUUGUUGGUGCAUGCAACAGAGACCGACAGGAAAGAUCUGGUGCUAUACUGUGAAGCCUUUCUGACUACAUACAGGACAUUUAUUACCCCUGAAGAGCUCAUCAAGAAGCUGCAGUACAGGUAUGAGAAGUUUUGCCACUUCCCAGACACGUUUAAGAAGCGAGUCAGCAAGAACACCUUCUUUGUGCUGGUGAGAGUGGUGGAUGAGCUGUGCUUAGUGGAGCUGACGGAAGAAAUUCUCAAGCUGCUGAUGGACCUGGUCUUCCGACUGGUGUGCAACGGAGAGCUCAGCCUCGCCAGAGUGCUACGCAAGAAUAUCCUUGAUAAAGUGGAUCAGAAGAAAAUGCUGGGCUAUGCCAACUCCAGCAAACCUCUUGCAGCCCGUGGGGUGGCAGCCAGGCCAGGGACCUUGCAUGAUUUCCACAGCCACGAAAUAGCCGAGCAGCUGACCCUCCUGGAUGCUGAACUCUUCUACAAAAUUGAGAUCCCAGAAGUUUUGCUUUGGGCAAAGGAGCAAAACGAGGAGAAGAGCCCCAACCUGACACAGUUCACAGAGCACUUUAAUAAUAUGUCCUACUGGGUCCGUUCAAUAAUUAUGCUACAAGAGAAAGCGCAAGACAGAGAGAGGCUUCUCCUUAAGUUUAUAAAGAUUAUGAAGCACUUACGAAAGCUGAAUAAUUUUAAUUCCUAUCUGGCCAUUCUUUCUGCACUGGAUUCUGCGCCCAUCCGAAGGCUGGAGUGGCAGAAACAAACCUCGGAGGGCCUGGCUGAGUACUGCACGCUGAUCGACAGCUCCUCGUCCUUCCGCGCCUACCGAGCAGCUCUGGCUGAUGUGGAACCUCCCUGCAUACCUUACCUAGGCCUGAUUCUGCAGGACCUGACCUUUGUUCAUCUGGGAAACCCCGAUUACAUCGACAACAAAGUGAACUUUUCCAAGCGCUGGCAGCAGUUUAACAUCCUGGACAGCAUGAGGUGCUUCCAGCAGGUACAUUACGACAUCAAAAGAAACGACGACAUCGUGUCCUUCUUCAACGAUUUCAGUGACCACCUGGCCGAGGAGGCCUUGUGGGAACUGUCCCUCAAAAUCAAACCUCGGAACAUCACAAGGCGGAAAACAGACCGAGAAGAGAAAACCUAGGAGGAGGGGGCGUGCGAGCGAGGAGAAUUGCUCCGCAGACGCGCCGAGGGCAGCUAUGAGACUGGAGUUGAGUGUUUGUACCUGUUACUGGAUGACGCACCCUCCCUCCCAGCUGGCAGCCGUCCCGGGGGGGCCAACGUCAUCAGGUGCUCGCAACGGGCGAGAGGUGAGCGCACGUCAGCCGCCGAGGGCAGAGAUCAGCCGCUGUGCUCACCCUCCUCCUCCUCCCGUCCCUCCGUGCCGUGAAUCAGCUUUAAACCCGGGAAAAGAGCUUUGUGGAAGGAGGGUGCCGUGCGAGUGGUUUGCUGGCUCACUGCAUCCCGGAAUACCCCGGGUUUUUGUUUUCAUCCACCAAGGAGGGUCAGCGAGAGCUGAGCACCCACAAACUCGUCCCCGGAGUGGUGUUCAGCAGCCGUGGAAGUUGAGGGUUUGAGGCUCCCCUGCAAUGCCACCUCGAAACGCGUUCGUCCCCAGGAGAUGAGGACGGAAGAGGAGCUCUGCAGAGGAGCUUUCGCAGAGCUGCUUGUGUUUACAGGGGUCUCCGCGUUACCCCAGAUCUCCGGCGCCUUCUUCGCGGGAGGAAGGCACCAGUCGUAGAUACGGAAGAGGCACUGGAAACGUGGGCAGAGACCCACCGUCUUCAGUCAGCGUGUCCCCCUCCUCCUCUCAGAUCUUGUUAUUUAAGCAACGAUGAAUCCCUCCGAUCCCUGGAAUCACGGACUACCCGAGGUACCGCGGUUCACUCGUCCCGUGAACCCGUAUCUUUUAGUGAUGGUACUAGCUUUUGCACAGUAAAUGCUGUAGUAUAUGAGACUGUAAAUACUAGUAUUUAGAAUCCGUUGGGGAUUUUUUUGAUGCAUGUCUGAAUACCGAUGGAUUUAUAGGAAAAAAAAAAAAAAAGUGCAAAACAGUAUGUAUAAAAUUCACAACCAGUGACAGUGUCGUUCCAAGUGCUGGAAGGAAGGAGGCUCGGGCGGCUGCGGCGCGGGAGAAGGAGCCGGCGGGUCUGUUUCUGUGGUUGGAAAUGGGAAGUGGGAAGGAGCCCCGUGCCCGGCCGAGCCGUCCCCUCCACCUGCUCCUCUCCCCUCUUACUUGUUGCCAAAUGUUCUUUUCCAGGGGGUCUGGCUGACCCUUGGUGCUGUCCUUGCGAUCCGCGCCUUGGCAGGAGCUCCUUGUCCCCAGCAGGUCCUUGUCCCCAGCCCCAUCCCCAGUCCCACCGUGCUGGAGCCAGCGGGGCACAGGGGCAGCCCAGCAAGGGGGGGUCUCAUUUCCCACACACGCAGCGUUAACCCCGAUCUGUUCGGUGUGCCUUACUCACUCCUCUGUCCCCUCUCCGUGUCCCACCCGUGGUGUUGUCCCCAGCCGGGCCACGUCACCUCCCUCCUCUCUGUCCCCAUCCUGUGGUUUGCAGAGUGGAUCGUGGCUUUGGGCGGACGCUGCAGGUUUUCGCAGCCUUGCGGUGCCUUUCUCAGCGCCAUGUCGUGUGGGCACAGGUUUUAGAGCUCCGUCUAACAAAUCCCUGUGGUUUUAGGGCAGCGGCUCACAAGGAAUACAGCCGGAGCGUUCCGCAGAGCAUCCUGAACUCACUUCUUGCUGGCAGUCCUGUGUUUGCUAAAGCCUCUCUGUUUGUUCUGGGUGGAUCGGAGCCGCCAGCACUUUCUUCUGCAAACAGGUUGCAGAGUCUCAGCCGGCUCCCUGCAGACGGCGGCAGGAGGAGCGACGGCCGCGUUGCCCCGUUCCCAGGGUUGUGCCCAGCUCGAGAAUUUUCCUGACAAUUUAGGCACAGGACUCGUGCAGCAGCCAAAUAGUGAAGUGCAAAGAGACCCCCCCCUGCCUACAAGGGCAUUUUCUCAGAGAGGAGAGGAGACCGUGGGGUCCAGCAACCCCAGAGCAGGGAUCUACCUGCGCUGAAACACGUGUCUGAGCAAGAACACUUCAAAACUGGUUUGUUUUUGUGGCACUAAGGGCGCUGGAGCCGUGUGUCGUGUCUGGCUGAGACGUUGCAAUCCCCGAGGGCUUCCCAGCCUCGCGUGCAGGAGGUAACACUUGUGUUUCCCUUUGUAAUUAAGAUAUUUUUUAAAAAAACUGACAUGAUGAGACUGUGAAAAGGCAAAUAACGCCCUGUGUCCCCCCUGGCCGGCUCCCAGCAGCUCCCUGGAACUCUGAGCCGUUCGGGGGGCCGUUUCCAGGGUUGUCAUGUGUGGUGGCAGCUCUGACCCCACAGCCCAUCUCUCCCCUUCCCAGGGUGCAGCGUCCGUGGCUGGGGCUCCAUGCCAUGGAGGACCGGGGGGGUGCCCCUCGUCGCCAGCCCCCCAGAGCCCGGAGGCUCAGCCCGUGGCGUGGGGACGGGGUCUGCGUGGCUGUAGCACCUUGUCCAGCACCGUGGGGCUGAGGUUUUCUUACCCCAGCUUUCCUCCCCCCUUCUCCCCUUUGCGGCUGUCCCAGCCAAGCAGGGUGUCCCAACCACAGCUCCUGGCUCGUGUCCCCACCUCGCACCCAGCUCGCAGGGCUGGAGGGACCCUAAAAAAGGGUCUCCUCGCCCAGAGCAGCCUCAGGUUUGCUGACCAGAGCCCCCCCUCUCCAGGAGCAGCAUCCUUGGGGAGCAGGAGCCCAGAAGAGCAGCCGAUUGCAAGACCGACACCAUCACUUCUCUUGGGGGGGAGGGAGGGUCUCGAGCCCCCUCUGUGCCGGGCAGGGAGCGGGAGAAGCGCCGUCCCCGGUCACCAGCCCCCUGACCCGCUCCCAGGCCUCCCCCAGCUCUUCGGUUGUAUGAUACAUUUACCACUAACCCAGUCCCGAUGGUGGCAUCUUCCUGGAAACAUUUCAGACCUGUAAGUUUUAUAUUAAAGACAAAUAAACACCGAUAACAAA